AUACUCUGACAUUCACACCUAUCACUCUUCCUGUACAUAGCGAUAACUUGUCUGUUAUUGCAGUUAUUGUAAAUAGUAUAUGUUAUGUAUCUGUAUAUUUCUCUCGUCCUAAUAAUGAUAUAUUUAAUGAAAUUAGUGAAAUUUUUAAUUUUUUACCGAAACCAUUUUUAUGUUUAGGGGAUUUUAACUCUCAUCACGAAUUAUGGGGUUGUGCCACAUCAACCUUCUAUGGAGAAAAGUUGUUAGAUUUAAUAAGCUCCCAUAAUCUGUGCAUUUUGAAUACUGGGUCUCCCACUCGGUUGGCACGGACACCUAGUGCUCCUGAUUUGUCCAUUUGCACUCCUGAUCUUGCUUCAUCUCUCAUCUGGUCUCCCGCUGAAUCUACUGGUGGUAGUGAUCACUACCCUUUAAUCAUUACUUUCCCUUUUGAAAAACCUCCAAAACAUGUAAGACAGCCACGCAUAAAACAUAAACUGAUAGACGCUAAAUGGAGUCUGUAUAGUGUAGCUGUAGAAAAGAAAAUCAAUAAUUUACCAGAAAUUAGUCACUCUAACAUAUUAGAAUGCUCACAAGCAUUAUCUACAAUAUUAAUUGAAGCUGCAAAUGAAACUUUUCCUGUAAAAAGGUGUGGUAUGGAAUUUAUUCCAUCACCACCAUGGUGGGAUGUAGAAUGCACUAAUGCAGUUAAGCAAAGAAAAGAAGCAGAGAAGCAAUUUUGCCAAAAUAUGACUGAUGACAAUUUUGAGCGUUACUUAGAAAUUGCUAAUACUACUAAGGAGCUACUUCGGGUAAAAAAAUAUGAAGGGUGGCACAGGUUUUGUAAAUCCUUAAGUCCUAAUGUUUCACCAUCAAUUGUUUGGCAAAAUAUAAGAAGGUUUAGAUCUGCAUUUAAAGAUUCCCAACAGAAUAAAAUAUCUCCAGUUCUAGCAGAGCAAGUCAUGGAUCGUUUGGGUCCUCCUUAUGUACCUGAAUGUCCCAUGGCCUUAACCCCCAUAUUGUCUAAUAAUUGUAAUGUAGAUUUAAAUUCGCCAUUUACACUUAACGAAUUGAAAGGCGUACUUUCAACGACUAAAGACUCUGCACCAGGUGAAGACGGAAUUCCUUAUUCCUUCUUAUCGAAUCUUGACGACAUUGGUCUCAGGUACUACCUUUCUUUGAUCAACAACGUUAUGAUGGCGGGUAUCGUCCCUGAAUCCUGGCGGUCCCAAACUUUGAUCUUAUUACGGAAGCCGAAUAAACCGAGUUCAGAUCCAACAUCGUAUAGACCAAUAGCAUUAUCGUCAGUAUUAGCUAAAACUGCUGAACACCUUAUUAAAAUCAGGCUGGAAUGGUUUUUAGAACAUAAUACAUUAUUAUCGAGAAACCAGUUUGGUUUUAGGAAAGGUAAAUGUACUAUUGACAGCUUAAGCAUUUUUACCACAGACAUAAGACUAAGCUUCUCUAAAAAUGAGUCAUUGGUUGCUGCCUUCCUGGACAUAAAAGCCGCCUACGAUAAUGUAAAUAUUUCAAUUCUAAAACAUAAAUUGCUUGCCCUGAAUAUUCCUAACUUAUUAAUUAAUUUUAUUGUAAAUAUGUUGUACGAAAGAUAUAUAAAGUAUUCGCUAGAUUCGGUCGAAGAUGAAUUUAUUUAUAGAACUGUGUGGAAGGGUUUGCCACAAGGUUCUGUUUUGAGCCCUAUUUUAUAUAACAUUUAUACUUACGAUUUGGACAUUUCUGUAAAUAGAUAUGCAAAUGUGCUUCAAUAUGCAGAUGAUUUGCUUUUGUAUGUUGCUGGGCCAUCCUUAGAUAAUGUUAGUGAGUUGUUAAACUUAGCGUUAAAUGCCUUAAAAUGUUGGUUACAUAAUAAUGGUCUAGAUUUGUCACCAUCUAAAAGCUCUGUUGUAGUAUUUUCUCGGAAGCGAAAUCUACCAUCUCCUCAUAUUAAUUACAAUGGAAUUCCGCUAGCAGUUAAAGAUCAGGCGAAAUUUCUAGGUGUAAUAUUGGACUCUAAACUUACUGGAAUUCCACAUUGGGAAUAUGUUUUAUUAAGAUGCGAGAAAAAUUUGAAUAUUUUAAGGUGUCUUACAGGAGUAUGGUGGGGUGCUCAUCCUUUUACAAUGAGACUGCUAUACAAUGCUUUAAUAAGAAGUGUUUUAGACUAUGGAACAUUCCUAUUACAUCCUGGUAAUAAAACUGCAGUUAAAAAGCUGGAUAUAAUCCAGGCAAAGGCUUUGAGGUUGGUUACGGGUGCGAUGAAAUCAACUCCAAUAAAAUGUCUUCAGGUAGAAUGUUGUGAUCCGCCCUUAUAUCUAAGGAGACAGUUCCUUUGUGAUAAAUACUUUUUCCGUACAUUACAGCUAAGUUCUCAUCCUUUGUUUUUAAAGAUACGUCAACUUGCUUAUCAGGUUGAUACCGGUAACUACUGGACUAAUAGAGAUUCUCCAUGUCUUGUAAACAGUCUUAGAAAAUAUGAAAGUUUGGGAGCUCCCACUCAUCGAAGUAUUAUUCUUCCUCUAUACCAACACAACUACAAGGGUCUUAUUACUGUCCCGGAAAUUAAAUUCGACAUAGGAUCCAAAUUAAAAAAUAACCCUAACUCAAAACAGGAAUUUAUAAACAUUCUCAAUGAUAAAUGGCCUGACUGGCAUUAUGUGUUCACGGAUGCAUCUAAACAUGAGGAUAAGAGUUGCGUUGGCAUUGGGAUCUAUCAUUCACAAUAUAAGGGUAUACAACAAGUUAAACUUCCACCUGAAGCUUCCGUUUACACGGGUGAAUGUUAUGGUUUACUUAAAGCUUUAGAAUAUGUUUUAAUUUUAAAGAUACCAAAAACAGUCAUAUUCUCUGAUUCCUGCAGUGCUCUAGAAGCUAUCAAUAGAUUUCCAUUCAAAUCCCAUAAGCAGUCUUCAAUUGUUUUUGGCAUUAGAGAUCUUUUAUAUAAGUGUUCACAGAAAAAUUGUGAUGUUGUGUUGGCUUGGGUUCCAAGCCAUGUGGGCAUUCCCGGAAAUGAAAGAGCUGACCAAUUGGCGAAUGAGGCGAUACGUGUUGGAGAUACUGUUCCAUUCACCAAUUAUUGUUCUGAUUUGAUAAAUUUAUCCAAAGUAUAUUUGUAUGAAGCGUGGGAUGGGGUAUGGAGUAACGAUGGUUCAGUGGGUAAACAUUAUAGAAAAAUUCAGACGUCCAUUCCGAGGAAACCAUGGUUCAGCCAGUUAGUUUUCUCAAAAACUGUUACUUCUAUUCUGUGUAGAAUGCGCCUGGGUCAUGUAUGUACCCCGGCGCAUUUACACAGGAUGAAAAUUGUUCCCGAUCCUCACUGUUCCUGUGGGGAGUAUGGGGAUUUGAACCAUGUUUUCUUUGCAUGCACUCUAUAUGAUCGAACUGACUUUCUUGCUAAUCUCGAAUCAUUGCACAUUCCAUUUCCUACAUCUAUAUUAUGUUUGUUAUACACAAAUUCAUUUAAUGUUUACAAAGUUUUAUCUUUGUUCAUAGAACAUAAUGAUAUCAAGAUAUAGUUAAUGUAUAGUUACUUAUAUUAUAUUAUUAUUUAUGUAUAUGUUUAGAUAUAUGUAUAUUAUGUAAUUAUUUUUAAAAAAUCCUUUUCCUUUCCAAUUCCAAAUCCCGAUUUUUCAUUAUUUUAUACAUAAUAUAUAGUUUCCCUAACUUGUAAUUAUAAAUACAAACCUGACAUUGG